AUGUCCACGUUCGAAACUGUAGACGGAUUCUUAAACGAAUACGAUGGUGAACAUGCCUAUGAAGAAUUGAAAAAGGUAAUUUUUUAUAAUUUUUGGUAGUAUUAUUCAUAAAAAAGUUGUUGCAAGUAAUGUGUAAAAGUUAAAACGAGUAUAGCAUUUGUUGUAAUUUUAGGACCUUCCAGAAAAACCAUCUGUUGGCCACUUGUACCGUUUAGCUCAUGCUUGUUACAUUCGUGCCAACCAACGAGAUGAUGAAAACCAACGCCUCGAACUUCUUCGCGAAGGCAGUGACUUUGCGAAGCAAGCCGUCGAACUGGACCCAGAAAACGGCAUUGUCAUGAAAUGGGCAGCUACAUUGGUUGGUGUUCUCGCCGAACAUUCGUCGUGGAAAGAAAAAGUGGCCCUGGGAAACGAAUUCAAAAAGUAUUUAGACAAAGCGAUCGAGAAGUUGCCAGAAGAAUGGACUUUGCUGCACAUGAGAGGCCGCUUCAUCUAUCAGGUAAACAUAAAAAUGCAACAUUUUUAAACUAAAAAACACGAUUGGUAAACUUUAAUUUAGAUUGCCAACUUGGGAAUUAUGGAGCGCGCCUUCGUGUCUAUGACCUUCCAAUCCUUACCCGCUGCAACGUACGAAAUGGCACUCCAAGAUUUGUUGAAGAUGGAAGAACUUUGUCCUGGAGACCUGGACAACCAAUUGUUUAUUGGAAAAGUGUACUAUGCUAUGGGCAAUAACGAGAAAGCGAAAGAAUGGCUCAGUUUGCUGUGCGAAGCCGAAGCCGUAGACGCGAUCGACAGAGAACACAUUGAUGAAGCCUUUGAAUUGAUGGAGAAGAUUGAACCCGGCUACAAACAAAACUUUGAAGAGGAAACUGCUGAACAAUCAGAAGAUCCGGAAUCUAUUGAAAGUACCCAAUGA